AUGCCAAUGUCCGAUCCAUUGCCGUCGCCAAAUCCGACCCAUGAUUCCGACGUCUUACGCGAGGACUCUCCUGCUCUCAAUCCCGAAACCCUAAAUCCCUCCGACCCGUCGCUUCCGCCGGAAAAUUCCGAUCCUCCGCCGCAUCCCCCUCCCGACGAGGAAGCCAACUGCCCGGACGACGAGGAUGAAGGCGAUGACGACGACGGCGGAGAUGUACACGUGGACCCCCCAAUCACAGCCGCCGCCACGUCACCCUCCGGCGGCCCGAUCACCCAGUGGGAAUCCGGCAAGCGGAAGAAGAUCAAACCUAACACCAUGAAACAACAUGCUAUAGCAGAAAAAUUGGAAACCUUGACGGCAAAUUUGAACCCUGACCCCUUCAUACCUAACAAAAUCCUCGAUUUCGCCAAGCACGAGAAGCUUUUGAAGAAGCUCGGCCUGUGGGAUUUUGUUCACGCCGAGUUGGAUCGAAAUAUUCAGAUCGAUAUGAUUGCACAGUUAGUUGCUACCUACCAGUCGCGUGCUGGAUAUGUCAAUGGUUUUAGAAUUACAGUCAGUAGAGCUGACUUAGCUCGUGCUUUCAAUCUGUCUGUGAAGAAGAAAGGAAAUGAAGGAGAAAAGCCCCUGUCGGAUGAGUCAAUAGGGUUCGUUAGUGAGCUCGUCUCGGAUUGGAUGCUUUUGCACGACGACACGUGGGUAAUGCCAAAUGAGGUGAAUCGAGCUGAUAAGAAUCGGGCAGCCGGACAAAGUUGA